AUGUCGGCCUUUUUUGUCAGAGCGUUAUACGAUUUUAAUUCAGAAACACAUUCAAGCUUAUCAUUUCGAAAAAACGAUAAAAUACAAGUGCUUACUCAGUUAGAAUCUGGGUGGUGGGAUGGUUUAUGUAAUGGUCAUCGUGGUUGGUUUCCUAGUAAUUAUGUGACUACUGAAAAUGACGAGGAUAUUGAUGAUAUAGAGGUGGAGGUUACAACAGAAUGUCACGAUGUUGCAGAUGAUAAAAAAGGACUCGACUUGGACUUGGAGGGAGAUAAAUUUUCGGAUUGGAUGGUACAGCAUACACCCGAUGGUGUGAUGUUUUAUUAUAAUGUUCAUACAGCUAGCACAACUUCAAAUCAUCAUCGUGCAUCGAGAUCUCUAGAUUCUUUAUCUGGUUCAAUCGAUAUUUUAGCAAGUCAAAAUAGACCAUUACCUGAAAAUUGGAUACAGCAUCCUACAGAAGAUGGUACUACCUAUUAUUAUUUAAAUAUUCAAACACAAGAGAUUCGAUGGACUCAUCCCUCUGGUUCAAUAAUCACUACUUCUAAUGAUAUUGAUGGAGAUGGAAUUGUUUCUCAUAUAACUUCAAUUGAAGAAGAAGUAGUGGCAAAUGAUGACCUUGAUGCUGCCGACGAAGAAAGUUUAGCUAGUUCUCGAGGUAGUAGACUUAGUACAAGUACCAUAGGAACAAUUCAACAAAGACAACAACUGAAUAACAAUAAUGAUGACAGCAAGCUUCCGCCUAAUUGGAGUAAAAGAACUACUCCACAAGGCAAAGAUUAUUAUUACAAUCAAACAAAUGAAGAAACUAUUUGGAGUCUGGAAAACGUAGAUUCUGGUGGUCAAUUGAUACAAAAUAAUGAAAAUAAUUCAAAUGAAACUGGUUUGGCUCCUGGUUAUUCAGAUCAAUCAAUAUAUUCACCAGAACCUUUGAUUAUAAUGACAAAUGAACUACUCAAUUGGGAUUCAUUAUUAUCUAGCAUUAUUUUAUCUAUUCAACAACUACACAAUGCUGCUAAAGAGAAUGCUAAACAUGAAUUCAUCGUCUGUACCAAUUCUAUUGUUGAAAGGAUUCGGAUUAUGCUUUAUGCAUCCGGUACAAUUGAUAAAGAAUCAUAUACUAUCCGAGAAAAUAAAAAUUUAAAACUUUUUCAUAGACGUAUAAUGGCAUCAUUAUCAAAACUGGUACUAAGCACAAAAAUAGCUGCUGGUGUAUGGCCUCCUCCCGAUUCAAAUCAAAAAUUGAGGAAUGAUGUGGAUGAAGUUCUUGAAGCUGUCCAACAAUUUGUUCAAAUUUCAAAAAAUAUUGUGGAAAUCAGACGUGUUGAUCCUAGAAUUUUACAGAGUUCUUAUGGUGGUUCAUGGCGUGGUAAUAAUUUAAGGCCAAUGUUAACAAACAAUCGACAUCGUAGAACUCCCUCUUUGCUAUUAAAGUAUAAAAGUGGUAGCGACUCAAAUGGUUUUACAGCUCCAUCGCAACAUCUAACUGAUGGUUUGGUUAUUUCUAUUGAUCAAAAUUCGAAAUUUAUUUUCAAAACAAUAAAUUCAUUAAUGAGUGACAUCAACAGUAUACGAGAUGCUUCACUAAAUAAUAAUGCAUCAUCAAAAAAUGUUAAUAAUAUGGCUCAAUUAUUUAAUCAAGUGCAUCAAAUCAUAAAACAAAGUGGUCAAUUUUUAUCCAUGCUAGAAGACAUUGAUUUAAAAGAUUUAGAUGAAUAUAGUCAAUCUUUUAUAAAUGAAUUUGAAGUCGCAAAGCAAUUUAUAUAUAAUACCAUUGCAAGUUUAAUAAUUGUUAUACAGGCUUCGAUUGAUCCUUUGAAUCAACGUGAUGUUUUAGAAGAACUUAUAAAUUCAGCAAAUAUUGUUGAAAAAUCAGUAAAAGAUGUUAUAAUAGCACUAAAGUUCCUAUUGGAAGAAAAGGAAUCAAGAUCGUUACCACCUCUGAUUUCUGCAUCAUCUGAUUACUCCUACGAUUUAUCGCCUCCUUUGUCACCAAUCGAUUCGACAGCUAAUGAUAAAUUAGUUCGCAAACAAAAUAAAGUAUCUAAAUUUUUUGGAGUAGAAGUUCUUCCUGAAUUAAAUGAAAAACCAUGGUUUCUUGAGUAUGAUUAUGAUCAUUCUGACAUAGUUUUUAAUAUGGAAACGCAAGUGAAAGGUGGAACACUUAAAGCAUUAAUUGAGAGGUUGACUAGUCAUGAUCAAUUGGACUCUAAUUUUAUAGCAACAUUUUUGUUGACUUAUAGAUCAUUUUGUACUACAGAUGAAUUUUUUAGACAUUUAGUUGACAGAUUUGUUAUUCAACCACCAGAAAGAUUAAGUAGUGAAGAGCUGAAAAUUUGGCAAGAAAAGAAACAAAAGCCUGUAAGAUUAAGAGUUUAUAAUAUAAUGAAAACAUGGUUGGAAACUUAUUAUAUUGAUGGAGAUGAUAGUCAUUGUUUAGAAGAUAUGCGCGAGUUUACUAAUACAAUAGUGAAGGAACAUAUGUCUUUUGCUACUAAUAAUUUAAUUAAAGCAAUUAAUAGAAGACAACAACAACCAAAACAAGCCAAAUUUAGAGAUUUAGUUCUAACCAUGUCUACACAACCUCCUCCACCCAUUGUACCUAGAAAUUUUAAAAAAGUAAAAUUUUUAGAUUUAGAACCUUUGGAAUUAGCAAGACAGCUUACAAUUAUUGAGAGUAAACUGUAUAAUAAAAUAAGACCUGUUGAAUGUUUAAAUAAAGCUUGGAGCAAAGAAGAAGCUACAGAUAAAUGUAGAAGUUUAAAUAAUUUUAAUUCAUUGACAGCCAUCAUCUCGGGAUUAAACUCUGCUCCUGUUCACAGACUUAGAAGAACAUGGGAGCUAGUCCAUCAAAAAACAUUACUGUUGCUUGAAUCGUUGGUUAGUUUAAUGAAUCCUUCAAAAAGUUUUGCUGUAUACAGAGAACAAUUGCAUAGUAUCAAUCCACCUUGUGUUCCAUUUUUAGGCGUUUAUUUAACAGAUCUUACAUUUGUUGAAGACGGUAAUCCAAAUACUCUUAAAAAUAGCAAUAAAUUAAUAAAUUUUUCGAAAAGAAUGAAAACCGCAGAUAUAAUAAGAGAAAUACAACAAUAUCAAUCUGUGCCAUAUAAUCUACAACAGGUACCAGAGAUACAAGAAUUUAUAAAAAAGAAUUUAGAAGAUA